CGAUAAUUCACAGAGGCAGUUAUCAUAACUAACUACAGCAUAUUUAUGGCGCUGAACAUCAACAAUGAUCUGCGAAAGAUAAUCUAGAUCUUCCAUCCUGACGCUCAUCCGAGUCAUGGACUGUCAGUGAUCCCGGGGGCCGGAGUCCUAAGACUCAGUCCUUACAUGGUGAGUUAUUUUACAUAAGUUCACACCUUAGAUCUCCGCAAGGUUUCUUCCCCAUGCAUAGGUUUGAUGCUCUGCACUUCCCUACAUCAGAAGUGGACAAACUUCUGGCAUGACCUCUUCAUAUGGACUUGGGGUAUGUCAGUCCCGACUAGUCUCUUAUAGCAGUACGUAUGGGUUUGUACGAUGUCCUUUCACACCCCAUCAACUCUCUCCCACUGCUACCCAAAAUUUUCGCAAAACCACAGCAAGAUCAUAGUAUCCUCCCUUUGCACCCCGUAGGUACCCGCCACACGCGUUCUACGGAGCUUGAACUAGCACAAGCACAUACUAUGUCGCCAGAUCACCAAUUGACUUCGUCAACGGUCAUUAAGCAGUGGCAGAAAUCAGGGAGGCCAGUGCUUGCCAUUCUAUGCACUCUUUUGCACAUCAUUCUUGUCCUCCUCCACGUUGUUAUUCUUGUACUCAACAUUUCAGGUAUCGAGCACCGUUUGGUCGUCCCAUUGACAUCUGGCAACGAAAUCUGGGUCACUAUACUGAGUACAUCAUCACAGGCAUUUUAUGCGAUCUAUUGUACGAUACUCGUUUACUUGAUGCAACGGUUGACAUUCCUCAAGAACAUGAUGCGACGCCAGACGGUAACCGCUCUUCAUGACACGGUGAACGCAUGGAAAGGCCUCGGUUCUGCGUUGGAGUGUCUUUGGCAGCAAUCAACUAUCCCUGCAUCAAGGUGGAGCAUACUGUCCAUAACGGCCUAUCUUGCAUGUGUUUUUUCCCUUCACGUGGUUUCGUCGUCUAUCAUUCAGUUGCAAACAUUCAACUCAACCGUGGAUGCAUCCGCUACAAAAUUUUCUUACUGGCCUAGUCCAGGCGUAGAUAUGAUGGCAAUACAGUGGCACACCAUUAGUGCAUCGGUUCCUACGUUAGGCCGAUUCGCAAAUCUUCAGGGCAUGGGACUCUACGGUGCCACUCUAUACGAUAUCAUUCAGUCUACCGAUACACCUGGCCGCGCCAUCGUCAAUGCAUCUUCGUUCAGAGCGAAUUGCGGACUAGUUCGCAAUGCCAUGCUAAAUUACUCUCCUGAAAUUAAUGCUGACAGUUUCGGAUAUUUUACACUCAAUCCGCCAAUGCCAAACCUCAGUCAUACCGUGAAAUUUAGAGCUAGACUUGUGCAUCCUUAUUCAGAUGAGGUUGUGAUAAGUCCUACCAUCUCUUCGUUCUUUCCGGGACCGACUGUUGCUUUCAUAGUCUCGACUGCUGUGAACUCAAGCAAUUUACCUGGCGAUGAAACAGUUCAGCACGUGUAUUGGGAACAUCCUCGCGGGCCAGGGGUCUAUAUAAGUGAUCUUCAGUCUCCCCUGAUUUCUGACAUGUACGAUGUCCAUAUAGUGGCGUGCACUAUUGACGUUCAACCCCGUGCUGCCACUGUUGACGUACAAACCAAUCGACUACUAGAUCUUUCCCCGUCCCUUGAGUUGAAUGCUUCUGGUGAAUGGGAGGCAUGGUCAGUGCCGGAGGAAGAACCUAAAUGGGAUAUUUGGUCACCGCCAUCAGCAAGCGUAUUGCAUCAUGAAAAAUGGCUUGUCUCUCCUUUCGCGGGCGGGGCACAUCAUCCCGUUGGUCGGUGCAUGAAUCAGCAUCAAGCAUCAUGUUAUGGGUUCUCUCUUUUGGAGGUAUUUUUUAUGCAGGAGAUUGGAAUAGACGUCGUCUUUCGCGACCCAAAGUGGACUACAACCACUGUCCUAGUCGCCCCUCCAACAAUUCCAAAGCAAGUUUUAGGCAGCCGUGACCAAUUUGAAUCGGCUCUAUCAAGAGCAUAUGCUGCAGUUCUAUGGACAGGCGGACAGCUCGGUGCCGACGGCGGCGGGUUCGAUCGGAAAAAUGAAAAUACCACCAUUUCACAGCAGAUUCUGCAAUGGCACCUUGGUAUAAACUUAUGGCCCCUUGCAUUUGCGCUCACCUGCUCUCUGCUCAUGUUGGCGCUAUCAAUGCGCGUGACAAAUGGGAUGUAUGAGCGGAACUAUACAAUGCCUAUCAAUAGCGCUGGCAUUCUCCAAAUCAUGUGGCUUACUACGAACCGCUUCCGUGUAUUAAGAGACCUCGCGAGCGACGUCGAGGAUCCCCAAGAAGAUAUCCUUCGUGCAGCUGGGAUGGUCGAUGUGGACCUGCUACGAGAGUUGGAUGACGUGCAAGUAGGUGAUUGUUAACAGCUAUUCCCGUGUUCCACUGCAGGGCCGCCGUCAGCAACAAUAUGGGAGAGUUCGCUAGGAUACUUGUUGGCAGCUGUGCGAAGGAAAUAAGGAAGUUCAAGGAACGGCUUGAGGCGGGUAUUUUGCGAGAUUGAAAGGUGGUCCCAUGUGGAGAAGAGAGGAGACGGAGAGAGACCAGCAUGAUUGAGUGCGUUUUCAAUGAAUAAGACGGACUGUGUGACCAGGCCAUGUAUUUAUGAUAAAAUGUAAUCGGUUCUCAUGAUGAAAGUAAUGUAGAGCACACUGAAUGACAGUGGUGGGUUUGCUGCAACGUCUUGUUCUCGAAACAGCUGGUCUCUGCUAAGGCUCUGUUUUGAAAGACGCUGGAUUCAAUCAAUAUCAUGGAUGUUUGUCUACUACGCGCGUAGUGACACACG